GUAACGAUAUAUAAAAGAUGUGUACUUCAUGUAGAAAGCAUAAUUUGAGUUCAAUUACAGUUAGACUAAGAUACAGACUAAGAACGAUAUAUUCAACAUGAGGUUUACAAUGUACAUCGUGAUGCUGUUAGUUGCAAUCUGCGCUCUGUUUGCCGAUACUCAUACACUCUUGACACAUAGAAUUCGGUUACCAAACGGUCCUGGCUACGGCCCAUUUAAUCCUCACCAACCUUGGCCAAUACCAUGGCCAAACAAUGGUUAAUAAUCAGGAUGACAUCGAGAUUCUAACUAAAAAUUAUGACAAGGCUCCUUAUUUUAAAUAAACUAAAAACUGAAAGCUA